UGUUAUAGGUAGGCUACCGUCGGCUAAAAGAUAGCCACUUUGUGGCCAUGUCCAAGACCCUUUACAACGUCAUCACACUCGCUUCACUUGCUAGCCUUCUUCAUUGCGCUUAUUCAGCUGCUCAGCAUCGUUCAUACCUUCGACUGACUGAACAACCAUUUAUCUCACUGCCUGCAGACGUAUUGGCCCAAACGAUCAUUUCCCUUGUUGCGCUAAUCUACGGCGCUACACACGUCGCGGGAGCAUUCCAGCAUAUCAAGAGCGAUCCGAAUCGUGAUCGAUCAUGGGACGAGGCUGCGAGCUGCAUGUCCUUCAUCACCUUCGAACAUCGUGGAAAAGCUAUGUCACCAGCGCAUGCAGUAGUUCGACAACGCACGGAAGAAGUAGCGCAGGCGGCUUCAACUUCUCGAAGCGAUUGAACCGCAGUGUAAAGAACAUGGCCGUCCCCGCAUUACCUCAACAAAUUAUACUACGGCCUUACUCCGAAAAUGCUACACCAUCCACUAAAACUCCGACUUCAUCUGCUUCUCCGUCUUCGUCCGUUCCUCUUCCGGACUUCUCUCAGCUACCUGGUGCUAAAAAACCCAAUACCACGCCAACAAAGCCAACACGACGUCUGGAAAUCACAAAGAAACAAGCACAAGAAGCUUUUGAUCACUGUUUAGAGCUAGUGCGAGCGCAUGACAAAGAUAAUUACCAAGCAGUUCUUACGAUGCCUAAAGGGAAUAGACCUGAAGUGAUAGCUUUACUUGCUUUCAACGUUGAAUUAGCCAUGAUUCGCGAAAAGAUCAAUCCUCAACGCAGAAAUGACACGUCCGGCAUGUAUCGUCUGCAGUUUUGGCGCGAUGCAAUACAGUCUAUAUACGGUAAUGCAGCGAUGCCUGUGCCCAGGCAGCCUGUAGCUGUUGCUCUAUGCGCUUUUGCUCCCAAAGCAUCGAUGUCGCUUUUGGAUUCCUUGAUAACCGCUCGACAGCGAUCAAUCGGUGACCGCCCUUUCAAAUCUAUGGAUGAGCUGUCAGUUUAUGGAAAAUCCACCACAGGUGCUCUAACCUGUCUGCAAGCUGAAUCAUUAGCUAGAGAAUGCGCUGUACUAAAACCUCCCAAAGAGGUAGUGCAAGCAGCAAAUGAAUUAGGCGCCGCAUACGGAAUUAUGAACCUCAUCAGAUCGUCACUACCUCUCAUGGCUCGUGGAGUGAUCCUACUACCAACUGAUCUCCUUGCAAUGCACGAUUUGACCUUGGAUAAAGUUUACAACAGAAAAAAUCCGGAAGCUGUUGCUGCAUUGGUUAGAGACAUGGUACAGGCCGCCAGCGCACAUUUGUCUGCAUCACGAGAGCUAUAUCCAUUGGUACCACGAGCACUGUGCCCUGCCUUAGCAGCACCCGCUUCUGUAGUUGAUUACAUUAUCGCGAAUACCACCAAGGCUAAGUUCGAUCUUUAUAAUCCUCUUCUGCAAAGACGUUCACCGUAUUUGAUGUGGUCAUUGAUGUAUAAGCAUAUGUUAGGUAGAUAUUGAGGUAACAUUAAUGCGAGACGUGUUGUUAUGUUCUUUCAAUGCCGAUGUCGUUUCAGUAGAUUUUUUUGU